GUGUGUGACAAAAGAGAUAAGCACGUAAAAACUGUUGGAACACAAUGGAAGCCCUCUUCACCUCCACCACUCUCCAAUCCAGACUCCUCCUCUACCCCCACUCUCUCCCCUCCUCCACCCAACCCCCAUUUUCUCUCUCUACACUCAGAACAAGCAGAACCAGAAGGAGAAGCACUUCAAUUCAGAAGGGUCGGUCACCAUCCCCGGUUUUUCCUCUCAGAGUCUCUGCAAAUUCCCAAGCUGCCCCUGCCUCCACUGAAACCUCCGUGGCCUCCUCCAUACCCUCUACCAUGAAGGCUUGGGUCUACGGCGAAUACGGCGGCGUUGAUGUCUUGAAGUUCGAUUCGAGUGUUUCGGUGCCUCAGGUGAUGGAUGAUCAGGUCCUCAUCAAGGUUGCUGCAGCUGGUAUUAACCCUGUUGAUUUCAAGAGGAGACUGGGAAAAUUCAAGGCCACCGAUUCUCCUCUCCCAACUGUUCCGGGCUAUGAUGUUGCUGGUGUGGUGGUAAAGGUUGGACGCCAAGUAAAGGGCCUAAAGGAAGGGGAUGAAGUAUACGGGGACAUCAAUGAGAAAGCAUUGGAAGGACCUAAGCAGUUUGGCUCUAUCGCGGAGUACACUGCCGUUGAAGAGAAAUUGUUGGCUCUAAAACCCAAAAAUAUAGACUUUGUUCAGGCUGCUGGUCUUCCUCUUGCCAUUGAGACUGCCUAUGAAGGUCUCGAAAAGGCCGGAUUUUCAGCUGGUAAAUCAAUCCUUGUUUUGAAUGGUGCUGGUGGAGUUGGAUCCUUAGUAAUUCAGUUGGCAAAACAUGUAUUUGGCGCUUCAAAAGUUGCAGCUACUUCUAGCACAGGAAAAUUAGAGUUGCUGAAAAGUUUGGGUGCUGAUUUGGCUAUCGACUACACCAAGGAGAACUUCGAAGACCUACCAGAGAAAUUCGAUGUGAUUUAUGAUGCAAUUGGGCAGGGAGAUAGGGCAGUGAAGGCAGUGAAGGAAGGGGGCAGCAUUGUGGUCCUAACUGGUGCUGUGACACCACCUGGUUUCAGAUUUGUUGUCACUUCCAAUGGAGCAGUGUUAGAGAAACUAAAUCCAUUUUUGGAGAGCGGGAAGGUGAAGCCGGUGGUCGAUCCCCAAGGCCCUUUCCCAUUUGAUAAGGUUGUUGAAGCUUUCUCUUAUCUUGAAACAAAUCGCGCCACUGGAAAGGUAGUUAUACACCCAAUUCCAUGAGGAGAAACAAUAAAACUUAGGCUGUUUUGCCAUGUAUAUGACUGUUAUCUAUCAUUAGAUUGUUAGAGAUUGAGAAUGCUUUGAUGCAUAAAGUAUAUGAUAUCCAAGUGUCUACAAAACAUACUGUCCCCAAAGCCUCUACCCAGUGGGCACUAUUUAGUUCUAAUAAUAUCACAUGUAUCUGCCAAAUUAUAUUUCCAAAUUCA